AUGGCUUGCUUAUACGAUCUACCAUGGGAGCUGCUGCUCCAAAUGAUCAUCUUUUGCAACUUGGAUAUUCUUUCUUUCGUCAGAGCUUACCCUCCCGCCAUGGCCUGCUUUUCCGCGAACCGAACAUGGAUCAUUACUCACAUGAUGGCUCCUGUCGGCGACGCCGCACUUCCCUCCCUCGUGCAGGCAGCACGUCUACGCCAUAUGAGACAGGAACCAGACUUCCAGGUUCUAGGGGCCCACGAAGUUGAAGAAAGGAUAGGCCAUCUGCUUGGCCCGGUCGUCGAAGAACCCGAGCCACCCUGUUGGGACAAGUUCUCACUCUCGGCACUUUGCAUCAUGUGCGAGCUUGGCAAAGAUGCAAAACAGAUAUGCGAUGCAUAUUCGCAGGAAGCAUUGGCGAUAACAACCCGUGCUAUUGCCCGGCAGUUAAGAGAGCCAACGCAGCAGGAGCGAAGUCUAUUCAUAGACGCGGCUCUUUGCUUAGAAAGUUAUUGCCUGACUUUCUUUCAUGGACGAGAGCACUUGUACCUCACCUCUGAAGAAACCCGACAACAGUUUUUUACUAGACAUCAAUGGAUGUCUCGGCCUAGUUGCCUUGAAACGGUUGUGAGAUUCUACUGCACUUGGGCCUACAUGGUGAAGGAACUGAAAAGGCUACUGGCGGUUGUUGGCCAUCGUCUCGAAUAUUUUUAUGGCAGAAUCGAGCCAUUGAGGAAUUGGGACGGGCGACAUGCGGAGUAUUUCCUAUUCUUCUUUCAGAACGAUGGCACGUAUAAAAGGAUGGACUGCUACGGCAUCUGCCUCCUGUCGCAAGGCCUAAGCAUGUUUACGAAGCUUCAGAGAAUGGGAGACGAAGAAUUGAUCAAAUUUGUUGUAACAAACUUUUGGGACAUCAUGGAAGACGAUAUGACUCCUUUAUUUCAUGGGGAUUCAUUACGGUGGGCGUACAUUGAUUACUUAGUCCCUUAUUCAUGGAGGGACAUUGAAGUGUCAAAUUUUGUGACUCUUUGGAGUUAUGCACUUCCCUUCUGGGACCCCGAGCUAGAAUAG